CGUUUAGUUGGAUAUUCACAAGUUGUCGGGACACCCAACUGUGCGGUCGAACGCUGCGCUCACGCAACGCCGCGGUACUGUCCGCGUUCUACGUGUACCGAGAAAGAGAGAGAGAGAGAGAAGGAGAGAAAGAGACACACAGAGGGAGAGACGGCACACGCGCACACCACCGCGGUCCGUCACGUCGUGAGUCAUUGUUGUGUUGACAGUCGAAGCGAGCUGUGGUCCUCGUGCGAACUUGCGGACGGCUCGCGACGCACCGUGCGGGGUCGGCGGGUUGUUUUUUAACGCGGAGUCUCUCUCGGCGGCUCGGCAAGCUCGACGUGUCUUUUGCGCGCUGGGCCGAUCGCGGUCAAACGACGGUCCGCUGUGCGUGCACGCUGCUAGCGUAUUGUUCACGGAGUGUCGUCGUCGGCUGCUGUGCGUCGGUGCGAUACAUCGUGUGUGUCGAAACGGACGUGUCAGUGAAACAGACGGAGACGGAGGAUACGAGCGACGUGUGCGUGGAGCAAGACAGUCCUCGCGGCUGAAUUUUUGCGUAUACGGCCGCGCGCGCAUGGUUAUGUAAUCGCCGCAGCGCGGAGCGAAGUGUUUGCACGACGUAGUAGAUAGAGGAAGAGAGAGAAAGAGAACAAGAUAGAAAGAAGAGAGAGACGUGCGAAGCGAUAGCGCGCGGCGGAAGAAUUAAAGUUCACACUGUGCGGAAUUUCCACCUCGUCUGCUGGGCAACUUCGUCCGGCCUUCUCGAGCCGGAGGAACGCAGUUGAGUAAAGAGAAACUCGAGGAGAGCCGCUCGCGCACCUCGUCGAGGACAGGCGAGUCGCGGAUUACGCGGGUCACGAGGAGAUCCGGUUAGGCGCGUCGGCGAGCCGAGCCGACGGUCACUGGUAGGCAAAACUAUUCCGGAUAUUCCAUCGACUUGGCGACUGGCUGAUCAACCCGGCGGCAUCGAUGGUGCGCAGCCUGACGAUGGAGCAGACGUUCUACGAGGACGCGAACGCCUACGGGACGGUGAAUCGCGAGAACAACGUGGGCCAGCUGAAGCGUAACCUCACGCUCGACCUGAACGGCUGUCAGAGGCAAGGCCCGCAGGCGAAGAGGCCGCGGAUGGACAUGGUCGCCAACGGCCGCGCGCUUCCGACGGCGCUCAACAACAUGACACCAAUUCUAGGCUCGCCGGACCUCAACAUGCUGAAGCUCGGCUCGCCCGAACUCGAGAAGCUCAUCAUGGCGCAACAAGACAGCCUGGUCACUAGCCUGCCCACCCCAACCACGCAGAUACUGUUCCCGAAGACCGUGACCGAGGCGCAGGAGAUGUACGCCCGCGGCUUCGUCGACGCUCUCAACGAGCUGCAUCAUUCUGACAGUUCGCAGGAGCCCGGCAGCACCCACGGUGCUACCUACACCACGCUGGAGCCACCCGGCAGCGUGCAGAACAGCACCGACUCCAGCACCAUGAGCCAGGGCCUGGUGCAUGUGAAGGACGAGCCGCAGACGGUGCCGAGCGUAUCGAGCUCGCCGCCAAUGUCGCCGAUCGACAUGGAGAAUCAGGAGAAGAUUAAACUUGAGAGGAAACGCCAGAGGAACCGCGUGGCCGCCUCCAAGUGCCGACGGCGCAAGCUCGAGCGCAUCUCCAGGCUUGAGGACAAGGUCAAGGUGCUCAAGGGCGAGAACAACGAGCUCUCGGCGGUCGUGGUCAGGCUCAAGGAGCACGUGUGCCGGCUGAAGGAGCAGGUCAUGGACCACGUGCACUCUGGCUGCGCGAUCAUGAUCAGCGAUCACAGCAACCAGCAGUUCUGAAGCUCUCUUUUUUUUCUCUCUUUCUCACUCUCAGUCACAGCCUGCGACGGCGAGCUGACCGCGCGACAAUGCUGUCACCGAUUUUGGUCAGCUCCUCCGACCAGCUUUAUCGCCGUCAGCUGAGGCGUGACUCUGCGAGAAAAGGAACAUUGGACUCGCGUCAGCUUUGUGCUUUCGAUUCCUUUCGGCGGUCGGCGAACAAGAAGGAGGAAACGCACGGACGGCCAGUUAUCUUGCAUCAGGGAAUAUCGUCUUCGACGAGCUUCGGAGCGGGUCCUUUCUAUUUUGGAUUGGGAAGGAGUCGGCGACUCCGGAGGAAGUGUAUCCUCGUCUGUGGACGCCGCUGACGUGGAAGUUCCCGGGCCGACAAAGGCGGGUGUCUUCGAGGCGACACCGGGCAACCUCGACAUCGACUUCGUGGACGCCUCAGCAGGAAAAGGGAACCUUCGCUAGGAGAGGAAGGAGGAAAGGAACCGGCCGAUCGUCCAACACGUUCGCGGCUUUCUCUGUAAGUUCUUUUGUGACGUGACCAGGAGGAGACCGCGCGCGGCGAACAGGCGGAGCAGGAGGUGGAGUACGACGACGAGGAGGAGGAGGAGAAGAAGGAGGAGGGAGUGAAGGAGGAGAAGGAGGAAAAGGAGGUGAUGAUGAUGAUGAUGAUGAUGGUUGAGGUGGAGAAGGAGGAAGGAGUGCCUUCGUGUAACGUGCUAAAGGAUGCGUCGGGAGAGCGACGGGCGUGCGCGCAUGGAGAGGAACUUUAUACACACACCCACACACUCACACACACGCACACACACGAGCGCGCCCGGCGAAUACGUAUGUAUAUGUAUGCGAGCGAGCGAGCGAGAGAGUGAGAGGAAAAAAAGAAAAGAGUACGACUCUGCGGGUAUGUAUGUGUGCGUGCGUGCUCGAUGAGCGAAGCAGAGAAAGAAAGAAGAAAAGGAGAGGGCGAGCGCUCGCGGAAGCGCGAGAGGGGGAGCACCGCGGCGGCCAUUUUGGAGAACGCAAGAGCGCCGGCGGGAGAUUCGAAUCUGCCGGAGAGACUGCUGGGGCUCUUCGCGUUUCUCCGAUCGCCGUCGGGCGACUCGUAGUUUCUUUUUUACGACGUGCUUCGCACGACUGUCCGCUUUUUUGUACCUUGAAUCACCAUCCGAGACUCGGAUCGUCGGCCGACCGUUUUUGCGAAUUCUCGACACGACAAUUUGGCAAUGGCAAAAUUCGUGGACUCCGCAUCGAACCUCUUUUACGACGACGUACCACGGUUUGCUUCGACUUUUACUUGUCCCGCGAACAAAGCGCCGGUAUGUGCGUGUAUGUACAUACACACAGCUCUUUUCUUGUUUGUAUGAGCUCGCGAUGUCUCGCAGCGAGACUUUGCCAGUACAUUUUGACGAGACGUUCACUUUUGCGCGCGACCUAAUUGCAACUUCGAAGGAUGCUUCUCGUUAACACAGCCGACCGUAUCCUACUAGCCAUCCCUCCCCCUCGUUUCGUCCGAGAUAUCGCUUCGGAUAUUCGCGGGCGAAAUUUGGAGGAGAGAAGUUAAUGGCACAAACGGCUCUCUCGCGCUGAAGCGGUUUUACUCCCCCCCGGAGGUUUUUCAGAAAUAAUGAAGGAGUGCUUGCAACAUUCGAAUUGUGCGCAAUUUAUUAAAGUGAAUAUCUUGUACAACAUUGCGAGCGCACAGUGCGAAAAUGGAUCAAUUCGAAGGGAAGUGAUUUAACUUCGCAGCAGCCGUAUUGACUGUUAAUCGCUACUUGUUACUUUUUACUCUUUGCAAUCGUCGUGUUGACACCGUUUUUUACACUGAUAACGUCACGUAACUGUAGAGCCACUGUUGAAUCUUGACACGGUAACAGUUGAAGUAUGUUGUUGCUAAACUAUGUCACAACUUUUUAAGCGACUCUAAAGGGGACUCCUAUUUCAUGUCGUUUUAUCGUGCGCAAAGCUCAACCGCGUUUACACCAAAGUUAGCUCUCGGAGCUUUUGGAAACGCAUUUUCUUUUUAUUAAAUAGCAACCGCAAUUGACACAAUGAAGAUUCUGGUCGUGUUUAUCGUAUCGUGUUUCGAUUUGGGGAACUCUGCCGAGAUAAUCAUAUUGAUUAAAAGCUCGUGUGUGUACGCGUGUGACAGAACAAGAGUUAUUUUUCUUCAAAUUGCUCAUUUUCGUCACGCUGCGCGUAUUGUAUACAUUUUUAUAGCGUAUCGACAACAGAGCGAUCGCGUUUGUUAUCGCCCUUCUCUCGAGAUUAGCUCGGCUUCGACAGCGUGCGUUUUAUACGGAACAAUCAAACGGGGGAUUACACUGAGGCGCGAUUACGUCGAUGAGAACUGCGCGCGGCGGACUACUUGUGAUAAGCGCAAUCAAUCAAAUCAGGAGAUCACUUUUGCCUUGCGUCGAAUGCAUUUCUCGCGAGCAUCGAGACACUCGAGAGUUCAUUCCGCUAGUUCGGUGCAUACGAAUCGACGAGUUCUGAUCCUAAGAAGUACACGCGUUGCUGUACACUACAGUUGCAAAAAAAAAAAGUAAAAAAAGAAAAGAAAAACGUGUAUCAGAACGGUUCGUUAUGGUGACGCGUGUUCGCUUUAGAAACUAGUUCGAUUUGGUCCGAUAGCAGCGCGCACUUUUGCGAGAAGAAUAAUCUUGCAAUCCUUUCGCGAAGCACGUAUUUUCAAAAGAAGCCGCCACGAAGACGGAACUUACGAAGAGAAGUCUACUGUGAUAAAAUCGUUUCGUCGAGAACGAAAUGGACGAGAAACUGAUGGGAGGGUGGAUGAUACAAAGUGGAUUAAUAUAUAUUAAAAUAUUCAAUUAUUAUAUUGUAUAAAAUUAUUAUAUUAAACAUUAAAAAAACACAAAAAAUACACUAUCCUUGAGAUUAGAAACACAAAAUUGCAUAAUUAACUCGUCACGGGACAACGUCUCGCGCCAACUGCAAUACAUACAUCAAAAGUCGUCUCUGCGUUUUCCACCGCGUCCUUUCGAGCGAACAUACCGCGAUUGAUCGACGGGACGGACGCAGAGAAAGAGAGAAAGACACGCGAUGUCUGUGCUUGCGGACAUAUUUUGACACAGAAAAAAGAUUUUGGUCGGGUUAACGUGACAACGAACAGAUCGAACGUCUUUUUUGAUCGAAAGAGACAGAAUUUCUUUGAGCCAAAUUUGAUUUGCAUACUACACAAGAUUUCUUGGUGAAUUUUACACAUUUCUCACAUUAUGUUGAGAUAAAAAUUUUUUUCGUGUCAAAUAUUAAAAGAAUUUUCAAAAGUUUUUAUACAAUUUCAAUACAAAUAUAAAAUGUUUUUUUUUUACCGUAUAAGUUUUUUUAAUCAAAAUGACACAACGUCAACAUGUUAAAUUGACACACAUUAAAUUAGAAAGCUCUCUCGUGUUAAAAAUUUAACACAAAAAUUUUUACGCGGGUCGAUUUCAAUACAAAUACAAGGUGCUUUUUGGGAACGAGAAAUGCUGUUUCCUUCGACCAAAGCGUCUUUGGUCCGUUCAUUGUCAUGUUGAUUCGACAAAACUUUGUUUCUCCGUGAAAGUAUCAAACAGAGGACACGUCCAUCGUAGUCUCCUCGAUACUUUUUCGACGUGCCUCUUCGCCGUCCCGCCAACAAGCCGUUGAACGAGCGUGUCGAAGUGGUGGCCUCGUUUGAAACCCCGCUUUUGAAAAGGACUAGCUAUUAAAGCUGUACAAAUAGAGUAGCGUCUCUUUUCGGGAGAUGAUCGCCCGUCGUUGAACCUGCUAUUGAAGGAUCUCGCCCUAGAUCCCGGCUAGACGUCCAGGACGGCUGAUACACUCGCGCGACAAAGGACACGGCCCUGCGAUUAUGUCUACAGCGCGUGUCGAUCGAUUGGGUAUGAUUGCGCGCGAUUAUCGGCGUACAUGGAGCCACGAUUCCAGAAUAAUGGUGCUUAAUCGCACGAUCAGUCGCGCCUGUCAUCGCGUUUGCGAAAUUUUCGAAUGGCGAGUCGCGACUGUCCAAGGUGACCAGAUCUCCCAGCUUCAAAUCCGGGACACUUCAUUGAUGUGUCGGAAAGAUCGUGGGGGAGGGGGUGAAAAUAACUGAGUUAUAUAUACAUUUAUUAAAUUAAUGUAUAUGUAUAUAGAUACAUAUUAAAGGGAUAUUUUAUUCACAGACAUAUGAAAAAUAAUUUAGCAAUAACGACGAACUGCUACACAUAGUAAAAAUAGAAGACAAAACUGUUGUUAUUCUUACUUAAACUUUACAGAACAGAAAGAAGACAACCUACUGUGUUUACCAGGGCUGCGAACUUUUUGAAAAGGUCUUUCUUUGUUGGAAGCAUCUUGAUCCUGAAACCGUAAACAUCAGAAACAUGAAUGUAAAUAUACAAACAUGAGUAUAAAUUUUACUCAGCGUAUUUUCAUUCCUUUUCCAGGAAAAUUGUCAAAAUUCAGUCUUUUUUUUUCUUUAAUCGGUACAGGAAACAUCAAAGAAUGAGUCUAUUACUUUUGCAAUUCAAUUCAAAGAAAUUCAACAUUUUCUAUUAACUAGAUUAAAGUAUAUUUUGGGCACAAACGCAGGAUUUUAGUUUUUAAUUAAUUAUUCAAUUAAUUACUAAAUUUUUAAUUAAUUAUUCAAUUAAUUACUAAAUUUUUAAUUAAUUAUUCAAUUAAUUACUAAAUUUGUUUGCUCAAAAUAUACUUCAGUUGAAUAUUUUUCAAAGUUUUAUUUUUAAAGAUUUUCUUUCAAUCUUAUCAUUAAAAUUUUUCAAUCAAAAUAACAAAAUGUCAAUCUGUGUGUUACAUCACACAUAUAUGUUAAAUUAAGAACUUAUUUCAUGUUAAAAAUUUAACACAAAAAUUUUGUACACGGGUCGACUUCAACGCGAAUGUAAAAUGUUUUUUGCUGCACGUGAAAACGAGAAAUGCUGUUUCCUUCGACCGAAAUUUUUAUUUGUUCUCUUUUAACUGGUGUAGAAAACAUCAAGGUACACGAUGUUUUUGCUUCAUCGAAGUUGAAAAAAGUUGCAAUGAGAAGGUAAAGCAUACGUUCCUCAGAACGGUAACAUUGGAAGAGUUUGAAUUUUUGUAAAUUCUCCCAGAAUGUCUCGAGACCUAAAGUCAAAAGUCCUCUGAUAAACCUCGGGAUACAGUGAGACAGUCCCUGGUCGAAUCUGGGACAAAUUGGCGUCCCGGAUAGCAGACGAGGAAAUCCGUGACUGUCCCGGGGGACGUCUGGUCAUCUGGAAUUGUCCCGCCUCGGUGAUGUUCAAUUAGUCGGCUUCGAUUAUGCUUUGCGCCUCGAAGAGGGAGCUAUCGAUCAGAAGAAUUUCGCGGAUCGCGAUCGGAAGGCGACGGACGAAGUGCGCGCGAAGUGUGUCACGAUAAUUUCAAGAGGCGGCGGCGACGCGAAGGCCAAGUCGGUCGCUGGCUUCCUAUCCGUAACGAUAGAGCAGAAGAAGAAAAAAAGGGAAAAUUCGCCGUUUGCGGUGCGUAUCGCCGUGCGUGUCGUCGCGAUUAGCACACCCUCCGGGAAGCUCUUUCCCUUUAGCUCUUAAGCCGAGGACGAUCGCCGCCGUCGGUCGCGUUUUCCUUGUUUGUUGGCUCUUCUGCGCGAUCGUGCGGCCACGACGAGCGUAGACACUCCAUUUUGUCAUAUGUGCAUCUAGUCUUGUCCAGUGUGCGCGAAACCGCACGCACACACACGUACAUACACACAUAACACACACGUAACACGCGCGCAGCACACAAAUACAUAGCUGCACUGAGAGGAAAAAUAUCUAAUGAAUAAAAGAUAUUUAUUAUGUGUGCUAGGUAUUAUUACUAUUAUUAAUUUGUUAUUAGGUGGGUACUGCACUGAGAUCGAACAUUUAUUUUGUGGAACGUAAAGUUUAUUUCCGUGAAAUAAAGCUUACUUUUCUGCGAAUAAACUCUAUAUUCCGCAAGUAAAUUUUCAAGUAUUCUUUUCGUCCGUAUAUAUUCGUCUGAACCCAAAUCUUUUCAUUUCAAUGGAACAAACAAUUGCGCUUUCAUGAAAAAUUUAUAUUCUCUUAUUCGAGAAAUAUUUUAUGUAUGUAUUAGUACAAGUAUGUAAUGUGCUAUUAGUAUACUGGCCGAAUGAAUAUCUUUCAUCGCUUACACAUUUCUCCUCUCACAAUGUACACAAUUGCGUUUCACUCGAGAACGGUAUGUUCUCUUAUCUAAAUCAAACGGAGAUAUCUCUGUUCGGAGAGAAUUCUCUCUCGGAGACGUCCGGGAGUGUUUCAAGAUCUAAAAUCCGUACCCACUUCACGAUUUUUGGAGUGACGAUCUCUCCAGCCGCGUGUACUUGUGGAAUUAUUUUCGCCUGGUUUGGAGAAGAAGAUACCAUAAAAAUGACGACAAUUUUUGAGAUC